UUUCCUAGCAAUUGUUGUUCUUCCAUUUUUGGCAAUGCAAUCUGCUUCUAUAGCAACAGAGGCAGAGGACGCGGUCAAAAUAGAAAAGGAAUGCUUGCAGAGUUACACGGUUAAGCCUGCGGGCUGCACAUCGUGUUUUCUGACAGACCCAGUGACUCUAAGUGCCAAAAAAAAGUCCUAAAACUCAUCCUGAUUCAUUUUACUUAUAUGGCAUAGUCUAAGAAGUGUGCAGGAAAAUAAACUUUUUUUGACAGCACAGACAAAUUACUGAAUUUAGGAAGUGCUUUCUGUGGAAGCCAAGGUACCCUUCAGAAAAGGCAGCUCUGGGUGCCUUGCUGCUUUUCUUUCUGCAGGACCAUGCAGGUGUGGGUGUGAGGUCCCACAGCUCAGCUUGGUGUAUCCCACUGCUCACAUGCAUUUAUUAGGACCAGUUUUUCCAAUUUCACCAGCUCAAUACCUAUGCAAAGCAAGUGGCUUGAGACAGCCAGCACAGGGGCAGGAGAGUUUCUGUGGGCACAAAUGAGAUGGGCGCAAUGCAACACAGAGCUCGGGAACUAAUUAACAGCGAGAGUCUUAAGAGAUCUGCAGCUGGUGGGAUGGAGGUGGUUAGGCUGGAAAGAUGGGAUUGCUCAGGUGGGGAAUCGCAAACCUGUGCACUACUGAGGUAAUUAGUGCUGGGGAGGGAAGGCCCUCAAAGGGGAACAUGCUGGGGUGAUCCAAGGCUGCCUGGGCUUAUGUGACUGCUGGAGGUUUGUGCUUGUAGUUGCUUAAAACUUGCUUAAAACAACUGUGGAUUUCUGGCAUGUGUGUGGAGGGAGGUAUUCUGUCCCUAACAAUUCUCAAUUAGGAGUGUAGGGGUUUUAUUUGUUUAUUAACUAGUUUGCUUGUCUAGCUGUUCAGGGGAAAAAAAAAAAAAAAAAGUAGUAUGAAAGGAGAGGUGAAAACUGUUACAUAGUGAAAUGCUUCAAUUGUGCUAACAUAUUGCAUAUUUACCUGGAAUUCUGCACCUUUAAAAAAAAAACAACUAUAUGUGUGUUCAUGUUCCACUACUUAAAUAAUUUAUAUUUAUUUUCGCAAAGGAGAAGCAACGGGCACAAACUGAAGCACAGGAAGUUCUGGCCGGGCGGCGGCUUCAGCGCCCUGUUGGAGGCGGGGAGCGGCGUGAACGCACCCGCGGAUGCCUUCGGCCAGUCCCCGGCUCACCUGGCCGCGGGGGGCGGCGAGGCUUGCUUCCUGCUGUGGCAGCUGCAGACGGGCGCCGACCUGAACCAGCAGGAUUGCCUUGGAGAAGCCCCAAUUCAUAAAGCAGCAAAAGCUGGGAGUUUGGAAUGUCUUGCUCUCCUGGUUGCUGGUGAUGCCAAAAUUGACUUGUGCAACAACAGUGGGCAAACAGCAGCAGACCUUGCACUGGCUUGUGGCUUUCUGGAAUGUGCCAAGUUCCUGAAAACAAUUCAGCACACUCAAACUAUGAAACUGAGAGGACAGUCUAGCUCCUCACUAAAUGGCAACCACAGCACGCUGAGUGAGGAUCUAGCAGCACAGGAGCAAGAAUGGGAAGUAAGCAGAUCAACAAGCAGGAAGAGGAGAAGGUCAGAUGGUGUGUAAUACCAGUGGCUUACUAUUUGUUGUAUUUCUAAUCUUUUUCUUUUUUGUACUUUUAGCAGUUAAGUAAAUAAGUUUGGUGAUAGAUGCAGGUAAGCUGGAUGUAGAUGCCUGCCAGUAAGUCCUGCUUUGCAUAUGUAAUUAAGGUUAUGGUCUUGUAAAAAAUGGAUAUUGUGUUUAGAACGGCACUGAAAAGUUUACCUAUAAUUUUUUUCUUUCUUGAUGUUAAAGUACUCUGAACAAUGUAGGAAUGGAGUAGCUGACAAAGAUAGCAGUUUUACCCAUACCACAACUGUGUCUUUUGAUGACAUUAGAUACAGGCUUAUUUACAUGUAUGUGUUCAUGUGACAGAUCUGUCUCUUAGCUGACAAAAGAAAGGGCUUGUCACCUCAUUGUCAAAUUUAGGGGAACCCAAAGUCUGAGAAAACAUGACUGGACUAUCAAUUGAGUAACUUGUUGCAUGCUGUUACAUUGUCUCCUUCUGAGAAGGAGCAAAGCUCAUUUAUUUUUACUUCUUACAGAAGACUGUUUUUUCCCAGAAUAGUUGUAUUCAUACAGCUAUAAAUAAAUAAGCAUAUAAUAA